UCGCUGUCAGUGGCGCGGAUCUCUCCCUCCCACAAUGGGCAUCCUGUGGAUCUUCUGCCUGCUGUUCGCCGCCGCCGCCGCCCUGGAAGAAACCUUGAUGGAUUCUACAACAGCAACAGCGGAGCUGGGGUGGACAGCCCAUCCUUCCACUGGCUGGGAAGAAGUUAGCGGAUACGAUGAGACCAUGAACACAAUCAGAACAUACCAGGUCUGCAACGUGUUUGAAGCCAGUCAGAACAACUGGCUCCGCACCAAUUACAUCAAACGUAGAGGGGCCCAACGCAUUCACGUGGAGAUGAAGUUUUCUGUCCGUGACUGUAGUAGCAUUCCUAAUGUGCCCGGCUCUUGUAAAGAGACAUUUAAUCUCUACUACUAUGAAUCUGACACAGAUUCAGCAACCAAGACAACUCCACAAUGGAUGGAAAAUCCGUGGAUGAAAGUUGACACGAUUGCAGCAGAUGAAAGCUUUUCCCAGGUGGAUUUAGGAGGGAGAGUGAUGAAGAUUAACACAGAAAUCCGAAGUUUUGGCCCAGUGUCGAAGAAUGGUUUUUAUCUGGCAUUUCAGGAUUAUGGGGGAUGCAUGUCACUGAUAGCGGUCAAAGUCUUCUACCGAAAGUGCCCAUGGGUCAUCCAGAACGGAGCAAUCUUCCAGCAGACUCUGUCUGGAGCAGAGAGCACAUCUCUGGUAGUGGCUCGGGGGACUUGUGUCCCCAAUGCUGAGGAAGUGGACGUGCCCAUCAAGCUGUACUGCAAUGGAGAUGGAGAGUGGAUGGUUCCCAUAGGCCGCUGCAUGUGUAAAGCUGGCUAUGAGUCAGUGGAGAACGGCACUGUCUGUCAAGCCUGUCCAUUGGGAUCAUUUAAGCCUCUCCAAGGAGACAAUCUCUGUCUGACCUGUCCAAUCAACAGCCGGACCACCAGUGAAGGGGCUACAAGUUGUAUCUGCCGGAAUGGAUACUAUCGCUCAGACUCCGAUCCACAUGACAUGCCCUGUACCACAACGCCAUCUGAACCACAGACUGUUAUUUCCAGUGUAAAUGAAACAUCCCUGAACCUGGAAUGGACACCUCCACGUGAGUCAGGAGGCAGGGAAGAUGUAGUUUACAACGUGAUCUGCAAGACCUGCAAAUCUGGACAUGGACGCUGUACUCGAUGUGGGGAUCAUGUGCAGUUUGUUCCACGUCAGCUGGGCUUGGCUGAGCCGCACGUUUACAUCAGCGAUCUGUUGGCACACACACAGUACACCUUUGAGAUCCAAGCUGUGAAUGGAGUCUCCGAUCAAAGUCCUUACUCACCCAGCUUUGCAUCCAUCAAUAUUACCACUAAUCAAGCUGCACCAUCUCCAAUUUCAUUUAUACACCAAGUGAGCCGAACUGUGGACAGCAUUACGCUGUCUUGGGCUGAUCCUGACCAGCCCAAUGGAGUCAUCCUGGACUAUGAGCUCCAGUAUUAUGAGAAGGAUCAAACCAAGUACAACUUCUCAACUGUGAAGAGCCAAACGAACACAAUCACCAUCCGCAAUCUUCGUGUUGGCAGCAUCUACGUCUUUCAAGUACGAGCACGAACUGUGGCGGGCUUUGGGCAAUUCAGUGGAAAGAUGUAUUUUCAGACAAUGACAGAAGCGGAAUACCAGAGCAGUCUUCAGGAGAAACUUCCUCUCAUCAUUGGAUCAGCAGCUGCUGGCCUGGUCUUCAUAAUUGCGGUUUUAAUCAUUUUCAUUGUUUGCAACAGGAGGCAAGGAUUUGAACGUGCAGACUUGGAAUACACGGACAAAUUGCAACAUUAUACAAGCGGUCAUGUGACACCUGGUAUGAAGAUUUACAUUGACCCUUUCACUUACGAGGAUCCCAAUGAGGCUGUAAAAGAAUUUGCAAAAGAUAUUGACAUAUCAAGUGUGAAGAUUGAACAAGUCAUUGGUGCAGGUGAAUUUGGAGAGGUGUGCAGUGGACAUCUCAAGCUACCUGGAAAGAGGGAAAUAUUUGUGGCUAUCAAGACAUUAAAAUCUGGUUAUACAGAGAAGCAGAGACGGGAUUUCCUGAGUGAAGCAAGCAUCAUGGGACAAUUUGAUCAUCCGAAUGUCAUACAUCUGGAAGGAGUGGUCACCAAAAGUAGCCCAGUAAUGAUCAUCACAGAGUUCAUGGAGAAUGGUUCGCUGGACUCCUUCCUCAGGCAAAAUGAUGGACAGUUCACAGUUAUACAGCUGGUUGGAAUGCUGCGAGGAAUCGCUGCUGGAAUGAAAUAUCUGGCAGAAAUGAGCUACGUGCACAGAGACCUUGCAGCCCGCAAUAUACUCGUUAACAGCAACCUCGUAUGCAAGGUUUCUGACUUUGGAUUGUCCAGAUUCCUAGAGGAAGACACAUCAGACCCUACAUAUACAAGUGCUUUGGGAGGGAAAAUUCCAAUCCGCUGGACAGCUCCAGAGGCCAUUCAGUACAGGAAGUUCACAUCAGCCAGUGAUGUUUGGAGUUAUGGUAUAGUCAUGUGGGAAGUAAUGUCCUAUGGGGAGCGACCUUACUGGGACAUGACCAAUCAAGAUGUGAUCAAUGCUAUUGAACAAGAUUAUCGACUCCCUCCACCCAUGGACUGUCCAACAGCACUUCAUCAAUUAAUGCUUGACUGCUGGCAAAAGGAUCGGAACAACAGGCCAAAGUUUGGACAGAUUGUGAAUACCUUGGAUAAAAUGAUCAGGAAUCCAAACAGCUUAAAGGCUUUGACACCAUUAUCUUCAGGGGUAACAUUACCAUUGCUGGACCGUACAGUCCCUGAUUUUUCCAGCUUCUCUACAGUAGGUGACUGGUUGGAAGCCAUUAAGAUGGGACAAUAUAAAGAUAACUUUUUGAAUGAAGGCUUCACAACAUUCGAAUUUGUCUCUCAAAUGACUGCGGAGGAUAUGCUUCGAGUUGGUGUUAAUCUGGCAGGACAUCAGAAGAAAAUUUUGAACAGUAUUCAGAUGAUGCAAACACAAAUGAAUCAAAUUCAGUCAAUGGAAGUCUGACAGUGGGUAUGGUUUGUACAAAGACUUUGAAUAUUGCAGUUCGGAGUAAUCUUAAGUCUGGAGGCCUUUUGAGACUGACCUAUUGCAACCCAAACCUUCACAGUCUAAAGUCCUUCCAAGAACUUCAUUGAAGGCUGGAAAAGCUCUGUGAAAUGAUAUUAACAUUUACAUUUAAUCCACAAAACCCCUUUAAAAGGGUUCAAGCAACUAUAAUGUAAAACUAACAUCAUCUCCAAGGGACCAUGCAAUUAACCCAGAAUCUGUAAUUGCCACGAACUCUUUGAUAAUUCAGAAAUGGCUAAGGUGCCAAUGUGCUUAUAUUAUUUUUCCUGAAGAAAACAUAAAAGAGCAAAAUAAGGUGUACAAUGAACUCAACGUAUGAUAAGGAAGUAUGCAGCUCAGCAACUUGUCACAGCAACUUGUGGGCAAGAAUAAAACUUAAGGAAUUAGAGGAACAACAAAUUUUGAGGCUGGAUCCUUUAAUGUAAAUGCAAGAAAAAAAAUGAAGAACAGACAAAACUGCAGUAGUUACAUUGGCAACUGUUGUACCUUUGGUCAGA